GGCCGAGAGGCGGAGCCCAAUAGCGGGCCGCGGUGUUAGUGGAGUGUCAAGAUGGCGGCGCGGUAAACACGGCUGACUAGAAGAUGUGGAGUGGACUUUUACCACCAGGUGUGAAUGAAAGUGAUGCUGACUUGAGCUCUGAUGAUGGAGAUGCAGCAGAUGGUCCUGCAUUGUGCACAAAGGAUGAUAGAGAAGAGGCUGUCAAAGGAAUUCAGUUUUCUGAUUUCCAGAUAGAUGGACCUGAAAGUACUUCUGUAUCAGUGACAGAUGAAGAAAAUGCACGUCAGCCAUGCCCUUCUGGAAUUUCUUUAAAUAUGUGGAAUAAAUUUGUGGAGCUGCAGAAGAAAAAAUGUCAAAUGAAAGCCCAAGCAAAUGACAGACAGAAGGGGAAAAAAAGAAAAUGUUCCAGAAAAGAAAAACUGAAAAAGAAGGAUAAAGGAGUGACUGAGAGUCAACGACUGACAAAUGAAGACCAGUGGAAGGAACUGACCCAAUACUUUGGGAGCAAUGAUAGGUUUGAACCACUUGUCAGCAAGAAAGCUCCCCAAAAGUCUGGCCUUGAAGUCAGUGUUGACAAGUCUGUGGCUGAAGGGGACAUUGAGAAAGCUGAGGAGCUGAGUGAUAGGUUAGCCGUUCGUGAGCUGGGUGUGAAAAUUGCCAAGGCUGUAGCUUGUCGCAACUUUGUAAAAGCCAAGCAGGAAACAGAAGCUUCCCAGGAAGCUCGGAAAAAGAAGAAGCUUGCAUGGGGNUUUGAAGCUAAGAAAAGAUGGGAAACAAAAAGCAACAUGGGAUAUAUGUAGUUCUGUCUUAUUCUCAUCAGAAAGCAAAGCUGUUUUUUAAGGUUUCUGUUGUAUGUAGUGGAAUCUUUGCCCUUUGGUAAAGAGUAUAAAUUAAAUCUGAAUAAUUAAAAUAAUUUGAUUAGUUUGAAGAAUUUUUUUUUUGCUUUUUUUUUACUUGUACAUCUUCGUGCUUUUAGAUUUCAGAAUCCUGUUUUAAAUCCCCGUUUAAAAUAUAUUGGAAAUAAUAGUCACACAUGUAUGCUUAGCAUUCAGAUAACAGAUUUCCAAAUUUGAAAAAAAAAAAAUCUCUAUAACACAUUUCAGGUUUAGUCAGUUUGGAGCCAGGUCAAGAAUUCUGUAAAGCUAGACUCAAAACUUCAGUGCAGGGAGGUGUUCUGCUGGUGGUAAUGUAUCUCUGUAACACUGAUAACAUAUUCCUGUCAGUAGUUCGGGAUUCAGGGGGAGAAACAUCUUUUAUAUUAGUUUUCCCAAGUACAUGUUGGACCAGUUAAUCUUAGCACCAUAUUGUUAUGAGACAAAUAAUGGAACUUUCAUACAAGAGAUCAGUUGAUUGGAUUGAAGGUGUGUUUUGAAAUACUUGACAAGUACCAGAAGGUCAGCUUUAGUCACCUUACCCUAUGUUCCUGUCACUUUACUGAAAGUGUUGUAUACUCAAUAAUGUAAAAACCGGUUUAAUUUCAAAUAAACAACACAUAGAUAAGAUAUUUAUGUGGCGAGAUGAGUUGUUGAGGAACACCCUAGGCUUGUAGUUCAGAAAAUGUGGUGGUUAGAGUUAUUGUGAGGGUUGCAUGUACUCUGUGACCUGGAGCUAUUGUUCUGGAAAAUCCUUCCAUUUCCCCCUUAUGAAUAUUGCUUCCAAAUUUUAAAAUGCCUUUUUGUCAGGUGGGUAAUAUGAACCUAAAAAUAUCAACCAUUUUCCACUGUGUAGUCUUAUCAACUGCACUCUGACAUCAAGUGCAAAAUCUAUUCCGAGUCAAAUGUCUUCCAGCAGAAACAGGUGUCAGAUAUUGAUGUAAGUAACCAGAUUGAUGUUGUUUCCUCCGUCAUUUGCUUCAAAAAAAAAUUUGGGCACAUACAAAACUAGCAAUAACUUUUCCUCCUAAAACUUCUGCAUCAGAAUGCGUAAAUUGAAUUGGUAAUGUAAACGUCAGUUAUUGUUAGUCAAGAUUAAUAUGUUCCAGGCUAAAAGUAUGGUAUUAACAAAAUGGUGACUUACUCCAAGUCCUUCAGGCUAAAACAGCAUUCUAAAGAAUAACAAUUUGGAGGUUUAUGGCACUAAUUUUGAGUUUUGAGUCUCAGGUGGAAUAGUGCGCUCUUGUUGGGUAGCCUUCAGGAUGUUUUUUUUUCUUUCUAGAGAAUGUUAUAUUUCUUUCAUAGACAGGAGGUUUUGCAAUGUGGUGAUCUAGAGUUAGCUGUAAUUAGCUAUGAUGACAGAGUUAAAUUCAGUUGCCAAGAUUGUAAAUCAGUGGCUAAACAGGCUUCUACAGUAGAGCAUCAUAAAUCUCAAAUUACAUAUUAAAUACAUUUACCUCUUUGGGAAGCAUCUUUGUGAAAGGAAACAAGUGUUAUCUAAUCCUUACUUUCAAGUUAAUAAUGCGUUCAAACUAUACAUGCAAAUUAGGUAUCUUAUGUCUGUGCAUCUAUUUUUCCACCUACAGUAGCAUUACGCUUCAAACAUUUUUAGUAAUAAAACCAGAAAAAAAUACCUUGCCAGUUUCUUGGCAUUCCUACAAAAAUACUGUUUAGGAGUGGUGGGGUAUAUAAUUGUAAAUGUAUCAGAAUUCUGUGAAAUGUUUUUGCUUAAACUUCAGAGAGAAUUCAGUUUUUGCUCUUGUCCAUUUUUUCUUAACAGGUAGUAAGUAAAGGUUGGGAAAUGGAUGAACUCUA